AACCUGCGUACAGCAGACAUCAGAGGAUUCAGUCGUAGGCGUCGAGAUGUUUGGUUUAUUUGUCAUCCAAGACAGUUGCACUUGACAUGUUAGCUGCAGAGGCUAGGGAAGUGUCGGGGUGGGGUAAAUUGUACGUAAAACCAGUUUUAUGAAGUCUGCACACCAGUAUGACACAGAAUGAGCAGCAGCCCAAAUUUUCGGUCAAGGCUGGAGUCACCACAGAAUGAUUUUUUCAAUUACUUUAGGUGCUGCAUGAGGUGGUUGCCAUGCUUGCAGAGCAGGCGCCAGGUGCAUCCAUCUGCAAGCAAUCUGGUGGAAAAUAAAUUCAUCGUUUUAAGCACGCAAAAAUUGAUUAGAGUUAUCCAUAUGGACUAUGAGUCAAAAAUUCCACCCAUCAGAGACAGCCUUACAGGCAAUGUCAGCCAGCCAACUGCUACAAAUUCAAGGAACUGCUCUAAAAUAUUAUCACCUGACAUUGAGUGCAGUGAUUAUAAAAGGAGAAGCCAUUCAAUGAUAUCCAAUACUUCAGAGCAGUCAUCAGAGGAUUAUUGGUUCACUCAUUGGAGUAGACCGCCUAAACCGAUGGAUAGUUGUAACUGUUCUUUUAGAACAUCAUGGCGCUCCUCACUAAGAGAUUCCAGAUUUUCAGAUAUCCAGAAUGCACUAUCUGAAGUAAAAGAAUGUCUCUACUCUCCUCAAGAGGAAACUAACACUCAAGUGAUCCAGCCAACUACAGUACAUAGUUUUGCUAACAACCUUGUAGAAAAAAUUUUAGUUGACGUUAUAGAUCAUUUGGCAAGUGAUGAGUCAAAGAAUGGUAUUGCUGCAAAGACUAACAGAGCAUUUAAUAUGCAUUCCACUCUUCAUAAAGAUGAGUUGAAUUUUAGUACAAAAGAUCUGAAGUUUUCUUCAAAUGGUUGUGUGCAGAAUGGAAGAGGUGUUUUGAAUCCGUCUUUUGCUGAUCACCCUUCUGAUCCAGUUGUUGCAGCAUGCAAUGAUAUAAUUGGGUUGGAAGACAUUAAUUUUAAAGUAAAUCGAUCAGAGCGACUUCAGCCUAACUUAAUCAGUUUAAAUAAGUCGGCAAAACACAUAUUUGAGACAAGGGAUUGUUCCAGCGAAUCUGUAGAACUGAAAAUUACUGACGCUGAAAAAUCGUUGAGUAACAAAGUAAAGGCAGUUGAGCAGACUGGUUCUCCAGCUGGCAACAAAGUACAACCCCUAGUUGAAGAACCCCCUGUUAUCACUAGAACAGCACACUCUAAGUGUCAUCAGAAAUGCACUCACAGCAAAAACAAUAAAAGACUGAAACCAUCUCUUUAUUUCCUGCAUGGUGCUGGCUCUUCAGCAGACAUUUGGUUAAGAAUAAUGAAACAUUUUGCUAAAAUGGGAUUUGAAGUUGUUGCUCCAGACAUGUUGGGUCAUGGCUACAGCUCUGCUCCUGACAGUCCAGCACUUUACUCAUUCAGUAAUAUACUGAAAGAUGCUGUAGAAAUAUUUGAUAAGUUCAUAAGUGAACACCAGAAAUGUGUCAUCAUUGGUCAUGCAUAUGGAUGCAGCUUAGCUGUUGCAAUUAGUCGAUGCCGUCCUCAGCAAGUGAUCCAGCUUGUCCUAAUCAGUGGCGGAGGUCCUACACCCCUUGCUCCACAUACUGUAGACUGUAGGCCUGUAUCCAGUUCUGCGUGCCUAAUGAUGUGCAUGCAACCUCUUCUGAAAUGUGGCUUUAGAAGGAAUGUAUUGUAUUCUACAUAUGGGAAGCAUAUGGUGUCGUGUGAUGUUGCUGGCAGUGGUGUACCACAGUAUGUAUUGGACUACUUGGCACAAGGACAGGACUGGCCUGAAGGAGAUGCAGCAUUUCAUAGGCGUAUCACUAUUCCCACUCUCUUAGUUCAUGGCAUGCAAGAUCCUCUUGUUCCUCUUGUCCACGAGUGUGAGAUGGAAAGGACCAUUCCACGUUCUUUCCUUGAAGUAAUACCAAAUGCUGGCCACUUUGCUAUGUUGGAAACUCCUGAAAAGCUUAUCCACAUGAUUCGAUGCUUCAUUGAUUGGUGGAACACAUAAUUAAUUUUGAAAUUUCUGGCAUACAUGAAUGCAGAAGCAUUGCGUAUAAGUAUUACAAUUGUUCGUACAUUCCUUAUUAAUGAAUGUUACAUGUUAGUGCUUGAAUUCAGAGAUUAGGAAAGUCUGUCUUUCUUGCAUCAGUCACAUAUUGAAGUAACAUUUUAGUUUUAUUUUGUUCAAAAGCAGUAUUAGUAAGGCUGUUGUAUUGACAGAAGCUCUGUGUGUGUGUGUGUGUGUGUGUGUGUGUGUGUGUGUGUGUGUGUGUUUUUGUUUAUUUGCCGUCCUCAAUGUUGUUUAUGUUAUAACUUAAUUAAGUAUCAAAACAGUGGUUUCUGUUAAGCAUGAUCUUAGUAGGUUUUGGAAAUUAGACUUUCAGUGUUUCACUUACUUUGUUUCCACUUUAUAUCACAGACUAAUACUUACAGCCACGACUCUCUGGUGUGAAAGUUGUUACCUGUUUGACAGCUGGAGUGACACUAGCACUCAAAGUUACGAGAAAGUAGAUAGCCGCAUCCAUCCUGAGAAUAACUUACUUUAUACUUAAUUAACAAAAAAUUAGUUUUUUCCUUCAUUCCAUGCAUUACUAUAUUACCAAGAGACAUGAAUUGUCAUGAAGUAAGUGUAAAAACAGCCAAAUCACACUGAUUCAGUGACAUAAGCUGCAGCUUACUCAUGAAGAAAUACUUUCUAGUAUGCUAUAUUUGCAGGUUACUCUGCUGAAAGCAAAUGAAUAUAAACACACACUUCAUCCAUGAGAAGUAUAUAUUUCUGUUGUUGUCUGUUGUCAUUAUCAUUGGCACUUUCCAUGAUACUUAAAUUUUUUAUGUAGUUGAGUGAUUCAACCAUUCUUACACUUCACUUGGCUUCCUAAUGCACAAAUAUUUUUGUAGAUCUAAUUAAUUUUGCCUCAGAAGUGAAUGUGUUGAAGAUUCUUGCCUUUUGUGGCUCAGGUUUAGCAACAAUUGUGGAAUCUGUUUCUUCUGUGUUGGGAAACAGUUUUAUUGCAUUUGACGAUGUAUUAUCACAUCUGUACCGUUUUCCCUUAACAUGUUCGCUGCAGUCACCAGUGCGGGCCGCUAAUGCUCUAGGCGGACGCUUGCAAAUGGACGUGAGCUGAGAGUUGAAAUCAUACCCCUGCAAAACCUGUAAGUUCAUGUUGUGCAUGUACGUAAUGUUGACAGCAAAUAUAAUGUCCGCACAAAAGGUGGUGCUAGAUACAGAAAUACAAGUACGCUUUAGCUGCAUGCCGACCAUGUGUGAUAUGCUGCAUGCUGUCUGACGCUUAUAAGUGUCGUAUGCAUCUAUUGCAAGCAAUUCUAACAGUGCCUCUGAUUUAUUGAUUUUAUUCCAAACUGGAAAGAAAAUGCAAUUCAAACAACCAAUAAAUCUGCUCCAUUGAUAAAGAAUUAGUCAGAAAACACCAAAAGAUUUAUGAAACGGAGAGAGAGAGACGGGACUCGUCUGCAAUGUGGUGCUAUGGAAACCCAAUCCCAUAUAACAAAUGAGUUUGCAAGGUGUGGAGGUGAUUUUUUUUAUAGCAAACCACAAAUAAGUCCACAUACUGUACAGAAACCUCAUGUUCUAAGCAAUCAAUGUAACAACAUUUUACUUGGCUAUCAAAUAAAUCAAAUACAAACACUUUACAAAUCAAACACAAAAGAUCUUCCUCUGAAGAUAUGACAUCCCAUUACAUUAUGGAGUGCAAUUGUGCAGCAGUUCAAACAGGAUCCAGGUUUGUUUGGACACGUUACGCACAUGUAGGGCAUGUCCGUACACUUGCCCCAUUCCACACACGUUGUACACUGCUUCCUCGCAACUUGCUUCUUCCCUUCAGUUGCAUCCCACUUUUGCACAGUGUGUGUGUGUGUCUUUACGAUAUUUGUUACGCACACCUUUUGUAACAUCUAUUUGUGGAAAUACUCCCUUUAUUAUUUGUAUUCUAUAACCAUACGACAUCAUUUUAUGCCCUGAGUAUUUAUUAUAUAGGUAAUGUGAAUUGAACAUUAGCAUGUCAACUACAUGGAAGAAUAGUUUCUUUGGCCAGCGGACAGUCUUUCUUUCACAUAAAUAAUACAUCAAUAUCUGGUCCUGCCUAUCGGUCCCGACAUACAGCUAUUAUAUUUGAUACUUGGCAGUGGUUUUGAGACUAUUUUGUGGCAUGCAUUUGGCGCAUGUCUCAUUGAAGUAGGAUAUUCUGUGGAAAUAUAGGAGACCUCUCGUCUAUCCUUCCAUUUGCCGAUCAUUAUGCCAUCCGAAUGUUGUGCAAUGUGUCUCCUUUCCCCAGUUUUGUGCAUACCACAUCUUUAGGGGUAUUUCUUCUAUUUACCCUUUGUGUCCCGAUACAAUGUGUUUUAACAUUCAACAGGGUUUUAGCUAAAGCAAAGCUGUUGUAAAAAUUGUCUAUGAAAACGUGAUGGUCAGCAUGCAGCUUCUCUUCCAACAAAUGUAAUACUAUCGUUUCAGCAUGCCCUUUUCCCCCCUCAUACCACCACACAUCCCCGUGUACACAGCAAAUUUAUUUACGAAACUGUCUGGAUUGUGUAGCAUGUACAAUUGGAUGCCAUAUUUAUGCCUUUGGUUCUUUAUAUAUUGUCCAAAUGACAAUUGUCCCCUAAAGAAUCAUUGAUUCGUCUACAGAUAGGUCCUUACCUGGAUAAUACACCUGGCACAUUCUGUUGUUAAAAUAAUUCAAUAUAGGGCGUACCUUAUAUAGUCAGUCAUCUGAUUUCAGUUCUCCUGACUGGAUAGUUUGCAAAGUACAGUGAGCGUAAGAUAAGCAAAUAUCUGUCUCUGCCCAUACUCAUCACUAUUCCUCUGUAUUGAAACAGCGGGUCUUCCUUCCAGUAGUCUGUAAUCGGGCAUAAUUGACAUUACCCAUAUGUAAUGAAAUACCCAGGAAGACUAGUAUUUUUCCUGUACUUACAGGUUUCCAAUUACUAAUCCUAGAGCCCUCUUUCAUAUUUUCGCUCGCAAAUAUAUUGCGUGCGUUACUGUUUGUUUCAUCAACUACGAGCUGCAGUAUGUCAUCUGUAACCAGUAGCCUAAAGAAACUCAUUGGCGUAUUGCCAGCAGGAUUUAUCUGCAAACAUUCUUCUUUUUUAAAUGGAUGAUACUGCAUCCCAUGUGGUUCUUCACGUCAAGUCGCACCUGGUUGGCUUACUUCUGCGAGCGCAGGUUCUUUAUCGUCAGCGAUUUCCCCAUCAUCGUUAUCCGUAUCCUCCGAUUCCGAACUGUUGCGAAACAUAUUCAACCGUUCUGCUUCCACACUGUCAUCACUAUGGUAUGUUUCUGCAGUCUCCAAAUUCCAACCACCCGCCUCUGGUCCGUCCCCUCUGAACUCAACAUCACUAUCUUCUAACAUGCUCAGUAACUCAUGGUCAGUUAGAAGGCCCUGGUGUCGGUUGAUUCGCCGCCAUUGCAAACAAUGCACAACACAGACGACUAAAGACAAAAACACACAACUGCAGACAGGAAAACAUUACGUGAUAUUUCAUUGGUUGCUUGUACUAACACAAGUGCAAGCCAAACAAACCAAACUGACUACUCAGCUAGCAAAUGCUCCGCUUAUAAGCAUUACCUGCACUGGUGUGUUGAUCGCAGAAACGCUUAUAAGUGUCAACCGCAGUGGGGUGUUGAUUGUGGAAAAGUUUAUAAGUGUCAGCCGCAGCGAACGUGUUAAGCUACAGGCAAGGUGCCUUAUUUGGUGUUAUAAAUAAUGUAGGUAUUACAUUCCAUAUAGGCUUCCUACAUUCCACAUUCAUUGAUUUGGCUGAAAGUGUAGGCAAAGAAACUCUGCUUUGUUGGAUAGAUAUACGUUCUGCAACAGAUCAGAUCUUCAGGUGUUUACUGCCAAUUCUUCAUUAUUAAAGGAAAACAACAGUAUUCAAUAAAUUUCUGUACAUUACAAGAGACUCGUAAAUAACAAGUCCUGUGUAAUGCACCAUUUCAUACAUACCACAUCCUUAGAAAACUAAAGUGUGACAAAAAGGGGGGUCAUUUUUUGGUUGUUAUCAAUUUUUAUGGCACUCCAUAUGCUCCCUAUUGAAAAAGCUAUGUUACAAAUAAAUAUAAAUAUUAGUAUUUGCAUUCAUCUGAUAUUGUAUACAGAAAUAUUGUUUGCUGGACACCUGGGGCACUGCUAUCACACAGGGUAACAAAAACGAGACGGGGUGUUGUGACUGUUAUGUUAGAAUGUGCUUUCUGUACUACCUUAUUUAUGCCAAGACAUAUUUCAGGUCUUCACCUCAUCUUCAAUUGGCAUAGUACCCUUGUAUCCUCAUAAUCAUUAUGCUAGCUGAAUUUUUAACGUUGUAGCUGUCUUUUAUUAUGAAUUUUGUAACACAUUGUUUUGCAUUUACAUUCCUAACACAAUUACUUUUAGAUUCAUUGGUGUGCUGAUGCAACAUCACUUUCACCUUCUGCCCUACUAAAUGCAAAACAAAUUGCCAGAUACAGAAAUAAGGCUGUUACAACAUUCAAAAUUCAGUUGACAUAAACUUGAUGUAUCAGAACAUGGCUGUUCUUCUUUCUAUAUUUUAUCUGUGGUGUUUGCAGCUACAACCAUUAUUUGCCCUUUGUAACUGUGUGCAUACUCAUAAAGCACAUAUUUAAUGAUGAUGAGAAAGAUGCUAUAUUUUUGGUAGAUUGUAUGCUCCACUUCAG